CAGUCACAGUGGCUGUCUUCCUCACGCAAAAUCGAUUUCAGAAGUGCAUUGUGCAGUUUGGCGAAAACAUUGAUUGGGAACAGUGUAUAUUAAUUGAUAUUUGGCUGAAAUUGUGAAUACUUUUUAGUUUCUGUGAUUGUAUUUUGUGAUUCUUUUUAACCCCCAAAGCAGUAUUUAUAGAUAGUAAAAUUAAAAGUAGUCUUGUGAAGUUCUUUCGGAUUUUUUCUUUUUUUCAACGUGAUUCAGUGUUAUCGAUCCGCCUUGAAGUUUUUUUUUACUAUCGGAAAUGUGUUGAACUUGCUGGCUUGUGAUAUUCGCAUAUUUUAUCGCUCAGAACUCAUCAGUAUUCUGCCGGCGGCUGACAGACGAUAGGAAAUAAUGCCGAGUACAUUGCUGUUUGCGAACAGCAAUGAAGGUCGCGUCUAUGCACUGUCUACGGCGGGUUCCGCCUGGCGUGAGUUCCUUUAUCUGGGGCUGGAAUUCAAACGAAUCUCUGUCGUGCCACACUUUAUGUGGGCGAUUGGCGGAGAUCGCCAAGUUUACGUCCACGUCUAUGGGCUGGAUAUACCGAUCCGUAUAAAGGAAGAGGCUUACGAGAACGAACGAUGGCUUCCGAUUGAGGGAUUCUCCAGCAGAUUGCUCCCGACGGAUCGAUAUCAUUUCUCGAACGCAGAUGGGACCGUCGAUAGGAAUAUUGACAAAAUUAGGCUCCCAUCGAUGGCCUGGCAAUGGGACGGAGAGUGGCAACUUGAUCUCACCCUGGACGGACAACCGCUGGAUCACGAUGGCUGGACGUAUGCCGUUGACUUUCCGGCGACGUAUCAUCCGCAGAAAAAUUGGAAGUCUUGCGUACGGCGGAGGAAAUGGGUUCGCUUCCGAAGAUACUGUGCACUUAAUUCCUGGUGCGCGGUUGCUCCACUUCAUAAAGAUCCUACCCAGGAACCGUUUAUAGAUGUCGCUAUAAAUGGUAGUAAUGUUCCGGGAGCCGCACCGGGAUCGCUGCAUGUUUGGGCUGUGACUGCCCAUGGAAGGGUGAUGUUUCGCUCAGGAGUCAGCACGACUUCCCCGGAGGGUUUGCGAUGGACCGCAGUGAGUACUCCAUCGGGCUGUGAGGUCGCUCAGAUUGCUGUUGGGCCAACAGGUCUAGUGUGGGCUUCACUGUACAACGGAAGAGCUAUAGUACGCACAGGAGUGACCAGAGAUGCACUGAUGGGAACAACUUGGCUGGAAGUGAAGCCCCCUGGUAUCAAUCUCAAAAUAAGCCAAGUAUCGGUGGGAACUAACUCCGUAUGGUGCGUCACCAACGAUAAUCACGUUUGGUUUAGACGGGGUGUCCACGGAGAGGCGUCGGGAAUCAGUGAAGAUGCAGCAAUUGGCAGUGGCUGGGUGGAAAUGGUGGGAAACAUUUCCUAUGUGUCCGUUGCACCUAACGAUCAGGUAUUUGCCGUGGGAUCCGAAGAUCGAGCGCUUUACUUCAGAUCAGGAGUGUCAAAGUCUGAUCCAACAGGGAAAAAAUGGCGUCUUAUACAACUACCUCUGCAAAUGAGUCGUACUUCCAGUAAUUUCUCACUUUCUAGCCGACGAAGCGGAAGUGAAUCUCCCUCUACCAAACAUCGUAGCUUGAGCAGCCUGUACAAAGAGAAACGACAACAGGAAAAUAUCUCGCUGUCGGAUAAUGUCGAGGAGACGUCCCGCUCGGCACCUACCGCAAAUCCAAAAAAUCGGCCGGAGCUAUGGCACAAACCGGAAAUUUCGCCCGAUGCGAUCGCUACCAAAGCGGAAUCUCAGCUUGCGGCAAGUUUGGUGGAGAAAAAAGUAACCAGAAAUCUUUCGGAGGAAACAGUUGUAGCGUCAAGCGCACCACUGAAUGAGAUUUAUGAAAUCUCAGGCAAGCAACUGAAGAAUUCACGAGCCUGGAGCCCCGUCAGAAGCGUUGGCUCAGUUGUGGGUACCGAGGCCCAUCCGGAAACUGAUUCAAGCGUAUUCGAAGGUGAAAGCUCCCGGGAUUCCGGGGUGUUCGGAGAAUAUGAAGAACACGGUGGGUCACAAAACUGGACGGAGUGCGAGGUUCUGUGGAUUGGUUGUGCCGCAGGUGCUGUAAGCGUCGAUCCGAAUCAGCUGCCAAAUUGGUUCAACGAUAGCUUCGGUAAUGGGAACCAGGAGGAGCUGACCCAGCCGUGGCGUAUAAAAAUAUUGGAUGACCUGAAGCAGCGCCCGCCAGGGCCACUGGGGGAGAGCGAGUUUGCAACUUACGAGAAAGCAAUAGAGAUGUCCUCUUGGGUUAAAUCUGGUGAAGCUCGUGCCGCCAAAUCGGGUCAUGCGUUUGAGGACUGUCUGAUCGAGCUGGAGUGGGUCAACAACCAUGGCACGGGACUAGAUUCGGGCACGCUAACAAUACUGAAUUCGGAUGGAAUAACUACCAAGAUGCAAUUUUCCCUUUCUGAAAUCAUGUGCGUUAUGUGUUGCAGCGAACCCGGCUCGCCCAGGUUGGCAAUUCAUGCGCCCCGACUGCCACCGGGAUCGUCCCCGAUAAAGAUUCAGUUCAGCGGUGAUACCGACCUGGAGGAUUGGAUAUCCCAUCUUACCUCGGUUUGUUGCCAAAUCAAUGAGGUUCACGGGAGACCCUCGCAAAGAUCUGUGUGGAUCACCUCGAACAUGGGAGACGUGUUUGUGUUCGACCCAUCCAACCUGGAGGCUGUGCAAUGGCGCGGUGAGCAGAAGGUCUUCCAGCAAAAAAUUGAUCUUUCAGCUGCGGAAACGCCGUAUUUGACUUCGUUGAGUAAUGGAAUGAUUGUGGGCUCCUGCCUGGAAAUAUCGGGCUUUGUGUAUGACGACGCCGACCAGAUACGAUUCGACUUGCAGAGUUCGCCGACGGUUCGGGCGCGUCACAAGAUGGAAUCACAGCGGAACAUUCCGUUGCACAUUAAUCCACGCUUCAACGAGAAAAUCACCGUGUUCAACUCGAUGGAGUCCUCCCACUGGAUCGAGGAUGAGAAACGAGACGGGCGUAUGCUGUUCUCUCCCGGGGCGGAAUUUAAACUUGUGAUAAGGUCUGAACCUGACGGCUUCCGGAUCACAGUUAACGACAAGGAAUAUCCCUUAUACAAAUACAGAAAUGGACUUGCACCGGAAACGGUUUGCAGUCUGUAUAGCAGCGGACGGGUGAAAAUCUUUUCGAUUGUUUACGAGAGCCCGAAAUUGAUUGUUCCCCUGCGAGAUGUCUUCUGGCGACAAAUAGGAGGACAUCUGCGCAGGGUUCAAUCAUGUAAGGCAGGUAUUGUGUGGGGGAUAGGGUAUGACAAUACUGCGUGGGUUUAUACGGGCAGCUGGGGAGGUGCUUUUCUCAAAGGUCUCGAGACUGGCACUCAAAGUAUCAACACGAUGACGGACACACACAACUAUCCAAUUUAUGAGAACCAGCGAUGGAAUCCGCUGUCGGGAUUUUCGACCACUGGAUUACCAACCGAUCGGCACACGUGGAGCGAUAUCACAGGGAAACACAAGCGCAGCAAAGAACACACCAAACUGUUGUCCAUGCACUGGCAAUGGGUUAGCGAUUGGUUGGUAGAUUUUCACGUUCCAGGUGGAGUGGAUCGAGACGGAUGGCAGUACGCGGUGGACUUCCCGGCUAGUUAUCACUCGAAGAAACAAUUUACCGACUACGUUCGCCGAAGGCGCUGGUACCGGAAGUGUCGUCUAAGCACCACUGGACCAUGGCAAGAAGUUGGAAAUUCAAAGAUUGUGGAUGUGUCGCUUCAGCCAGACAGUGAAGAAACGGAUUGCACCGUAACGGUUUGGGCAGUCGCCGCCAAUGGGGAUGUGCUGUACCGACGGGGAGUCUCACAAUCGCUGCCAGCGGGUACCGGUUGGGAACACGUGGCAUGUGACCAGCCGCUAGUCAGUGUAAGUUGUUAUGAGAACAAAGUUUGGGCUAUUGGGAAGAAUGGCUCCGCCUAUUGGCGCUGUGGCAUUUCGAAAGAAAAUCCGUUAGGCAGCAAGUGGUUACCAAUCGAGCCCCCGGGUGGAGUCACUUUCAAACAAAUCUCGGUAGGUAAAGCAGGAAUUUGGACAGUUGAUACGACAGGUCGACUGUCUGUGAGGAAGGAAAUCACUGCCACCUUCCCCGAGGGCAGUCACUGGCAGUUACUCGCUAACAUCCAGAAUGAUCCUCCCCAUUAUGAGGGAAACGUUGGCUUCAAGAACGUUUCCGUUGGGGAGCACGUGUUCGCCGUAUCUCAGUCGGGAUAUAUAUGCAAACGGAGUGGAAUCUGUGUGGAAAAUCCCGCUGGUACUGGAUGGUCGCUUGGAAUACAGGGCAAUUGGCAUUAUGUCAGCGUAAACGGAUUCUACGAGUAAAGUAGAAGUGAUAUUGCUCUUCACCAUGGAACAACAAUAAGUCAAUGCUUCUAAUCAACUAGUAAUAGUGUUCUAUCCAAAAAAAAAACUGACCCAAAGUAUUAAGGCUGCUCGAGGCUACUAAAAUGUAUCAGUUAAAGUCAUAAUUACCGAUAACCGUCUAACAUAACAAAUAAAACAAAAGGGCUUGCAAAAGAUUCUUUGUCUUCUUUGUCAAUUUAAUAUAGACUGGAAUGGGUUAGUUGAAAUAGGAAGGAAACGGCGGCUUUCCGCCAAAAACAAAGCCGCUAAACCGCUAAUUACAUUUCCAUGAUGUUUCACGGGUUGGCACUCGGGUUCACCAAUACAACUAUACUGAACUGUCAAGUUCCGAGUAUUGUUUUAGAAAAUCUAAAAAUAGAGACUAUGAAAAUGGAAAACUUGCUGCUCUUGCUUUUGUAUUAUUUGAAUCGUAAUCCAAUUCGGAUUCUGAUUUUGAAGAGUAUAUUCGUGUAGACGGCAUUAAGCUCCGUGUGCUUUCAUUGGGAGGCGAAAAUUAUUAUGGAUAUUCAGGAGGAAUAAACAUGCUCUCAAAAUCAAAAUUAGGAAUGAAAAUUUACUUUAACGUAUCGAAUAUUUAUUUUAUGUGAUGAAAUAAGAGUGUUUUUUCCGAUUCUGCGAUACAUUGAACGAAAACUGUAUCUAAUGAUGAUUUUAUAUUAUAAUAGUAAUUAUUUGUGGAACAAACAGGAAAUGCAUUGACAAAUGGUUAAGUGAGUGUCAGGACUACAUGUGUUAGGUAAUCAAACAAUAUGAAGUAAAAAUUUUCAUUCAAACUUUUAUAUUUUUACACUGCACUUGGCCCUUCUGAUCUUAUAGAGAAUACUUUACCUCCCAAGCACUAAUAUCUCCACCAGACGUCGACACUGUACAUUUGUCGUCGCAAAUAUAAACAAAUCAGACUAUACAACGCACACCAACAAACCACCGCAUUCGUGAAACUGAAAACGUUUUUUUAUUACAGA